CUCCACUGUCAUCAGUACCCUGGGAUCUAGGAUAUGCUCUGACCAGACAGAUCAGGGGAUGUGUAUAAUCACUGCAGUACUGGAGAGGCACUGGCACCACUGGUGAGCUGGGGAGGGCAGCUGUGUGGCAUGCAUUUGGGGCUGUGAUCUGAUGUUUCAGCCUUAGAAUGGAGGAGUAUGAGCAUGCAAGGCAAGGCUUGUAAGACUGCGCAAGGCUUCCGUCAUGUCCAUGCAUUGCAGUGGUAGGAACAUGCUGGGGAUAACUGUUGCUUGCUGAGCGGAAGAAAGCAUUUUGUCCAUGCCAGCCUGGCACACAAGGUAUCACCAUCUCAGGGAAUCCCUCCUCAUUUCAUUCAUCUUUUUCUGAUUGUGCAACUGGUGGGAGUAAGGUGCUGGUGCUGACGGAUGAGACACCUGUCUGGGUAAUAGGCCAUAAUGAUCCUGAGCUCAGCUGCGUUGGCACAUGUUUUGGGCUGGCAUGCAAGACUAUAGCAGUGAGAUGACAGAAGGGUUUGUGUUAGAAGAGGGCAUUGUGAUCUUUAAUCUGCUGGCAGGGAUCCCACGUGCAUUCUAGGAAGUCCUGUUUUCACUUUGUUAGUGGCACCGGUUGUAAUGAUUAAGGCUGGCAUUAUUUCUCAUUGUUAGCAAUGAGUUUUUAUUAGAUUGGUUGGUUUACCUGCGUACUAUAAAUGAUAGUCUGAUUUCCUGAAUGAAUGAAUCAGUGUGGCAGCGCCAGGUACAUGAUAGGUCUGGCAUUCUGCAUGAUAGAUACAUGAUUGGAUAAAUCUGCGAGCUAAGUACAUUGUCGUUAUGGCUCUUCCAUGGGGCAUUCUGUAGACUACCCACAGCCUUAGUGAAGGGUACAUCAUCCCUCUAUAGGGUGCCUCGGUGCCAACCACUGCGCCCUGGCACAGGUAUGGGCUGCGCUCCGAGUAUCCACGUAUCACAGAGCGGGGUGAUUUACUGCAGGGACUCAGAUGAGUCCAACUCCCCGCACCAGACCACCACCAUUUCCCAGGGAACAGCUGCCACCUUACACGGGCUCUUCAUCAAAACCGAUGCUGCUGAUACCAUCCCUUCUGUGCUCGCCUACCAGAGUCGCUACCCAUCAGUAGCCCGCACCGGCUCCCGCAAGGAGCGCAAGGAGACUAGGCCACACAGGCGCAUAGAGGCCGAGACACAGACCAGCCAUAACAGUGUGAAGCAGGUAUCAUCAACAGAACUGUGGCUUGGACCUAUGAGACUAACACAGGAUCCUAUACAGGUGCUGCUAGUGUUUUCUAAAGAAGACAGUCAGAGUGAUGGGUUCUGGUGGGCCUGCGAUCGAGCUGGGUACAGGUGUAAUAUUGCGUGCACACCAGAAUCAGCACUGGAGUGCUUCCUCGAUAAACACCAUGAAAUCAUUGUCAUAGACCACAGAUACCCCAGAUACCUUGAUGCCGAGAGUGUAUGCAGGUCAAUACGAGCUACAAAGCCAUCAGAGCACACUACAAUCCUGGCUGUGGUUCCACAUGUGGGACUCGAUCAAGAGGAGAUGUCAGUCCUCCCUAUUCUCCAUGCAGGAUUCAAUAGGAGAUUUAUGGAGAAUUUUAGUAUGAUUGCUUGUUACAAUGAAUUAAUCCAGAUAGAGCAUGGAGAGGUGCGAUCUCAGUUCAAGCUAAGAUCCUGCAAUUCAAUAUUCACAGCGCUGGAUCAUUGUCAGGAAGCCAUAGAAAUCACAAGUGAAGAACAUGUCAUCCAGUAUAUUAAUCCAGCUUUCGAGCGGAUGAUGGGCUACCACAAGGAAGAACUCCUGGGCAAAGAACUCACAGACUUUCCAAAAAGUGACAAAAACCGCGCAGAUCUAUUAGACACGAUCAACACUUGUAUCAAAAAGGGAAAGGAAUGGCAAGGAAUAUAUUAUGCAAGACGGAAAUCAGGAGACAGUAUCCAGCAACAUGUGAAAGUCACUCCAGUUAUUGGACAAGGGGGGAAAAUUAGACACUUUGUGUCUAUCAAGAAGCUGUGCAGUCCUUCUGACAACAAUAAACAGAUAUACAAGAUAAGUCGAGAUGAAAAAUUCUCAGGAGACAAUGCACUUACAGAGUCCCAUUCUCAUUCCUUCAGGCAUAAAAAUAGAAGGAAAGAGUCAGUAGACGUAAGGUCAAUCACGUCACGAAGCAGUGAUGCAGCAAGUUUACAGAAUAACAGAUACUCCUCAAUGGCGCGGAUUCACACCAUGACCAUAGAGGCUCCAAUAACAAAGGUCAUCAAUAUAAUAAACGCCGCUCAGGAGAACAGUCCUGUGACUGUGGCAGAGGCCUUGGACAGAGUUUUAGAAAUACUGAGGACAACAGAGCUCUAUUCUCCACAGCUGGGAACCAAAGACGAAGAUCCCCACACCAGUGACCUUGUAGGAGGUCUGAUGUCUGAUGGUUUGCGAAGACUAUCAGAAAAUGAAUACGUUUUCUCAAAAAAUAUCCACCACAGCCAUAGUCACCUUUCUUUGCCGAUAACCAUUAAUGACAUUCCUCCUCGAAUAGCACAGUUACUGGACAAUGAGGAUUCCUGGGACUUUAACAUAUUUGAAUUAGAAGCUGUUACACAUAAAAGGCCACUAGUUUACCUUGGUCUGAAAAUAUUUGCUUGUUUUGGUGUCUGUGAAUUUCUGAACUGCUCGGAAGCCACUCUGCGCUCCUGGCUCCAAAUAAUUGAGUCCAACUAUCAUGCGUGUAAUGCCUACCACAACUCUACCCACGCAGCUGAUGUUCUUCAUGCCACAGCCUAUUUCCUUCAGCAAGAGAACGUGAAGGCAAGUCUUGAUGAACUGGACAAAGUAGCUGCUUUAAUUGCUGCCACGGUUCAUGAUAUUGAUCACCCCGGUCGCACCAACUCUUUUCUUUGCAAUGCCGGCAGUGAAUUAGCCCUUCUUUACAAUGACACCGCUGUCUUAGAAAGUCAUCACUCUGCAUUAGCAUUCCAGCUCACAGCAAAAGACGGCAAAAGCAAUAUUUUCAAGAACAUGGACCGAACCCAGUAUCGAACCCUUCGUCAAGCCAUAAUUGAUAUGGUUUUAGCCACAGAGAUGACCAGACACUUUGAGCAUGUGAACAAGUUUGUGAAUAGUAUCAACAAGCCCAUUGCUGCUGAAGAGAACAACUCAAAUAGUGAAGGCAGUGACUGCGAGUGUUCCCCCAGUAUCAAAAACUCACCAGAGAAUCGCAUCCUCAUCAAACGCAUGCUGAUAAAAUGUGCAGAUGUGGCCAACCCUUGUCGUCCACUGGAUUUGUGCAUUGAAUGGGCUGGAAGGAUCUCAGAGGAGUAUUUUGCUCAGACCGAUGAAGAGAAGAGACAAUGUUUGCCAGUAGUCAUGCCAGUAUUCGACCGGAACACAUGUAGCAUACCAAAAUCUCAAAUAUCAUUCAUAGACUAUUUUAUCACAGACAUGUUUGAUGCAUGGGACGCUUUCGCACAUUUGCCCAACCUUAUACAACACCUGACUGAAAACUACAAGUAUUGGAAAUCGUUAGAUGAUUUAAAGUGCAAGAGCCUCAGGUACUCAUCUGACAUCAACAAAUAACGGGCGAUCAGUGACCUCCCGACCUACCUGCACUGUGAACCAUUUACUGGUGGUGUAAUCCAGAAUAAGGGAAAGCUGUAUUCUGAAGACUGGAUAAAGCACGUACAACAGACGUGCUAAUGGUUGACCACAUGAUGACAUGGACAUCAAAUCAAAGGGAAAUACUGACAAACAUUGGAAGCCAAGCUGUUCUCUAGGAUUUGACACCGGCACCAACAUCUACGUUAACUGCCAUCCUAUUGACAUCUUCACCAGCUUAUCCUCCCUUUUGGACUACCCAGUUGCAUUUUUAUUGCUUUAUUCUUGACUAAUUAUCAAGGGAUAUUACAUUGGACAAGAACUAAAGACUACUUCAUUUAGAUUUUUUUAAUGCCAGCUGUUGCUACAUAUAUAUCAUGGAGAAAGGAAGAACGUGUGGUGUUUUCCUGAAUUACUGCUGAUCUACUGUGUUUGUACAGGUCUAUAUUCAGGGGUGUAAUCCGUGACUCAGGAAGACUUCUUACACUUGCCAUAUGGGAGCCAUGAGUUCACUCUCUAUUUUCUUAUGAAUUGAAUUAUUGGUUCACUACAAGGUGCCCAAACACCUUCAAUAGCUGUAGGCCAAAUGCUUGUUCAUUCACAAUAUCCCCCGACUUUCUGGCACUCUCCGAUUGAGCAUGUACAGUAUGUGUUUUCAAUGGGGAGGAGAGAAGAAAGCUGCUGACAGACAUCUCUGGUAGCAGAUUAUCUCCCCAGAGAACAGAGAGAUCAGAUGUUGAAAUUCAUCAUGUCGGAAGUGUCAGAGUUUCCCCUACUCGUUAGGGUGCCUUCACAUACGAAAGAUUUUGUUGCAGAAAUCUCUGUGGCUGAAAAUCAGUUCUAGUCAUCUGAAUAGGGUUGCUUUGCCAUCAAACACAUGGAUUUCUGCAAGCCUCCUUCUGAUGAAUGGAACGGAUUUUCAGUCAAAUAAAUUUCUCCACCAAAAUGUACGUGUGAAGGCAUUCCUAGUUGGUCGGACGGUCCCACCGAAAAUGGCAUUUGCGGGAGAAGACAGUUUAAUGUGUAUGGGGGGACCUUAAAGAGGAUGUGCCAUCUCAAGCAUCGGUGACAUAUGGCUAGGAUAUGCCUCUAAUGUCUGAUAGUUGUGGGUCCCACCUCUUAAAUGGAGCCUGCAAAGUGACACAAAAUGCCACCAUUGUUUGAGAUGACACAACCCCUUUUAGGCUGGCCAUACACUUCAAAUUGCUGUUAGCCAGACAUCUAUCUCACCUUUAUUUUCACAGAAGUGCUGUCCCACACAUCUGUCCCAUUGCUCUCCAAUGAUAAGAGCCAUCCCCUUGUUUAGUCAUCCAUCGGUGGCCUCCACUGAGGAAAUGCACAGCAUUAUUUAUGGAGGCCACUGAUGGACCAGUCUGGUUGCUUACUUGUUCAUUGGCAGCCAUGUUAAGAACCAGAGCGCUGUGCAGUCCUGCAGCAACCGGCACUAAACAAGGCGCUCAGAGGAUAGUGAGGCUGAUGUAACAUUAUAUUAGUGAGUGGGUUUCCAACAUUUUGGUGAAAAUAAUGAUAAAGGCCGCCCCCUUUAAUCUACGCCCUGCUGAAAGCGGCGGCAUGGAGAAUUUUUGUAGCAGUACAGUGGAAUACUUUAUGCUUCAAGAAACUCGCUGCAAUUGUCUGUUGUCCGGUUGUCACUCAGUAGUUAAAAAUUGGAAAGUAGUGCUACAAAAACUCCCCAUACAUCCCCAGUUAGAUGUGGCCGCAGUUACCCAGAAUAUCCCAUAGCCCCUCACAGGCAGUCCAGCAAGCCACCCUGUAAAUCAGCCCCUAUAGCUAAGCUUUCUAGCCUACUAUACGUGUAGGGGAUGGAGCAGGAUAGUGGAGCUAGUAGCACCUGACCUGAAAUGUCACAUUUUUUAAUAGAGUUAGGCUUUAAUUAAUAAAUUCUAAAGGAUGUGAAAUAUGACUUUACUGUCAAUGCCAUUGCUGAUUCUACAGCAAAUAAUCCUUAUAGGUUAGUUUAAUGUGACGAGAGGUAUAUUAUAUCAUUACAGAUCAUUAUACCACGAAAACAACAUUCAAUCUGGUUACUAGACUACGUUUCCCCAUUAUGGGACUGCUGAGGUCAAUUGUUUUUGUAAAAAUGUACCUUUACUUUAGUUUUGUAGAGGGAAGAUUGCAGUAUAUAUAGAUAUAUUUAAGCUAAUGUUUAGAGCUCCAUUUAUAUUGUCACAGUGACCUUAUAGGAAAAUUCUAGAGCCUUUCUGGAUUCUUUUUGCAGGGACUGACAUUGUUACGCUUGCUAGUAUAGAUGUAUACGCCACCCUACGGUGUGGUUUUCUAUAUGGAGGACACAUAAUCUGUAUUCAGUGUUAUAAGGGCUAAACAUUUAUUAUGAAC